AUGAAAGGCAACUGUAAAGUGUUUUGCGCAGAGGAGGGUUCUUUUUUCGAUAACUUGAAAUUGGGAGGGAAUCAAGGUCAAAACCACAGAAGGAAUGAGGAGGGUUUCAACCCGCACUAUCAACCGCGGGUUGGAAAUCAAGGUUGGAACCACCUUAGAGGUGAAGGACCUAGGCGAUAUUUCCAAGAGUGGACUGAGCAUAACAAUCAUGAAGAAUUCAAAACUCAAUUGAGUGACAGCCCGACAUCAAGGGGGAAUGACAGCAGCUCUAAGGUGAAUGAUCUACUGACACGAAUUCUUGAGAAAGUUGAUGGCUCUGAUGAUUUGCUAAAGGGAAUGAGAGAUGAUUUUUCUUCACUAAAUAACAAGGUGAACUCUCAUUCUAAUGCCAUCAAGAUGCUUGAAGGUCAAUUUAAUCUCCUAUCGGCUCAACUAACAACCAAGAUGCCAAAGGAAAAUGAGGAAGAAGAGUUGGUUGUAAUUACCUGUAGCGAGAAGGUAGCGAUAGGUAAUGAAGGAGAAGAACGUAAGGAAAAUCAGGGUGGGGAAGAAGAAGAAAUUACCGAUCAUCAAAACCUCGGCAAGAAAGCACAAGAAGGAAUGAAUCAGCACAAUGAAACCCUAAAAAUAAUACAACCCUUACCCAAAAUACCUCCACCUUUUCCCCAGCGUUUGAAAAAGAAAACUGAAAAUGAGAAGUUUAAAAUAUUCUUGUCUGUGUUCAACAAGUUGUCCAUCAACCUUCCUUUGGUGAAAGCAUUGCUGGAGAUGCCAGGGUAUGCUAAAUUCAUGAAAGAGUUAGUCACCAAGAAGAGGAUCUUGGAUUAUGAAACGAUUGAAGUGCCUCACAGUUGCAGUGCGAUCAUGACAAAUGAGUUAAUCAUUAAAAGAGCAGACCCUGGUGCUUUCACCAUCCCGUGUACUACUGGAAUGCUCCAAUUUGUCAAUGUUUUAUAUGACCUAGGAGAAAGCAUCAACCUGAUGGCAUACGCCAUAUACAAGCAACUUGGAUUGGGAGAACCAAAGGCAACUACAAUAAGACUUCUCAUGGCAGAUCGAUUGAUCUAUCAUCAUGUUGGGAUCCUCUAUGAUAUCUUGGUCAAAGUAGAUCAGUUCAUAUUUCCAGCUGACUUUGUGAUUUUAUACUGUGAAAUUGAUGUUGAGGUCCCCAUUAUUUUGGGAAGGCCAUUCUUAGCAACUGGUAAAGCAUUAGUGGAUGUUGAAAGUGGCAAGUUGAAAUUUCGUGUGAAUGACGAUGAGGUAACUUUCACCAUCUGCAAAUCCAUGAAGCAACCAAGUGAUAUCCAUGUAGUGUCUACUAAAGAUGUUAUAGAUGAGGCAGUGGCAAGUGUGAGCCAUCUGUUGCGCAAGAAUGAGACUCUUGAGUCAAUACUUGCAAAUCAUGAAGAAUCGGAAAUUCAGGAAUAUGAUGAAAUGAUCGCAGCCCUAACAGGGUUAGGAGCAUAUGCACGAAAUCCAAUUAAGUUGGAUAUCAACCUGAAAAACUGA